GAGCCGGGAGCCCGGGAUGUCGCUGCCGCCGCCGCCGCCGCCGCUGCCGCAGCCACGGGACAGGUUCGGGUCCCGGUCCGGCUCCGCGAGCGCGGAGAGAAGGGCAGCCCCAGACGCGGCGGCUGCAGCGGGAGCACACUGAACGCCUGCCCGCCAUGUCCAGGAAGAAGACCCCCAAGAGCAAGGGGGCCAGCGCGCCCGCUGCCUCAGCCCUUCCCGCGUCCAGCGGGCCCCGGCCCGCGCGCCCCGGGACUGCGCGCCUUGGCCUCCAGGCGCCACUCAACGGGCUCCCGCAGCCCGCCCGGCCCUCGCUUGGCGGCGGCAGCGACUUCUACGACGUCGCCUUCAAGGUCAUGCUGGUGGGGGACUCAGGCGUGGGAAAGACCUGCCUCCUCGUGCGUUUCAAGGAUGGGGCUUUCCUGGCGGGGACCUUUAUCUCCACUGUGGGCAUCGACUUCCGGGUGAGAAUGGAGGUUGAUACCCUGGGCCCCCAACACCAGCUCACUCCUGGAAGCUGGUUCUCCAUUAUCCCGUGGCGCUGACAUGCUCUCAAGGUGGAGCUACUGGCUGGACUACCUGUCUCCCAGGGUCAGGGUGGUUGGGGUGGGGUGCCUUAACCACCAAGCUGCCCGCCUCUGACACCCCAAGGAUUCUGGAGACAGGUGGUGACUGUAUCUGACCGAAACAGAGAUGGUAGCCCUGUGCUUGGGGCCAGCACGACUCUGGGGCUAUAUCCUGUGCCUCAGGGUUGGUGGUCGCUGGUGCCCCCCAGGGUGGUGGCCAUCAGAGGGAACUCGAGGCCCAUGUCCAUUUGAGAGCCAGCAUUGCUGACCCACUGUAUAUAGGGGGCCCUGAGAUGCCAGGUGGGCCACUUAGGACCUAUGAGACAGGUGGCUGGCUGUGGCACUUGAGCACACACACCCCAUCCUGCAUCUGGGGAAGGUGUUACCUUGAGACUGGAGUUUUGCUAGGGGGAAAGGUCCCUGCCCUUGGGUGAGGAGGCUCAUGGGAAAUGCUUCCACCUGACUGCUCUACCCUGCCAGAGUCCCCUUACUAGCUGGAGGGCUGUGGACUGGAGUUUUUCUGGGGGAUGUCCCUGGACUCUUGAUUCUCAAGACCUUCCAGCACCCCAAGCAGCAGGAAAUUAUGGGGGCCUCUAGCAUCAGAGCCCCCAGCUCUGCCCACCAGUCUGAAUUCCAUGUCUCAGUGCCUCAGUGCUGGUGUUCUCUGCAAAUCCCAAAUUUGCAUUUUUCUCACCCUUUAAUUAGACCCAGUUGGUGGGAGGGUGGGAGAGAGGCCCAUUCUGGCGACAGGAAAGGGGGGCUUCCUCCAACCUGAGAAUCAUUCUCUACCCUGUUUUGAGGGGGGCCCUGUCCCCUCAAGUCCUCUGGGAUGAAGUAAGGGUUGAGGUGCCAGAAGGGGGCGAUCUAGGCCCAGGGCAGGUGGUUCUUUGCCUGUUCUGGCCCAGUCUCUCCUUUCUCACCUCCCUCCAAGCUCUGGGGCUAGUGGUGAGGGAGGUGAGGCCAGUUGGUUCACACCCGUUCAGAGCAAGCAAGGCGGGAAGGCGGGGUGUCCUCCCUAGCCCGGCAGAUGGCUAUGCUUGGUUCCCCAGAGACCCAGAAGCACCCUGACAGCAGGAGCCUGGGGAAGAGGGAGGGAGUGACAUUACAGCCACCCCCCACCCCCACCCAGCAGAUGGGAACUGGGGUUGGGCCACUCGCUGCCGGGCCAGGCAGCAAACAUAGUGAGCACCCACUGUGUACCAGGCAGAGUUCAGCACUCAGGUUACUACACUGGGUCCUGCCCUCGGAAUUAACUGCCUUCCCUGCAGGGACAGCGGCUUUCAAAUCAUUACAAAAGUUUUUAGCCCUUACUCUGGGCCAGACACAGUUGUCAGUGUUUUGCAUAUAGUAUCUCAUCAAGUAAUUUGAGCAGCCAUGUGAUGGGCACCCUGCUUAUCCCCAUUUGUGGAUGGGGAAACUGAGGCAGGGUUAGUAACAGGCCUGUGGUCACUAGGUGAUUUCAAAUGUCAUGCAAAUAGCUCUAAAGGAGCAGCAUGUGCAGAGCUGUGGGAGGUGCCGGUGGCUGGUAAGGGGGCUGGGGUCUGCACUCUGGAAGUGUGC